AUGAGUCUAGCAGGUAUAGCAAUUGGUGCCAGAAGGUGCAUGCUGCCCACCAUAUCUGCAUGUCGGGGGUAUGCAACAUCCUCACAGAAAGGUCUGAAUCAAAACAACGUUAAGAGUCACCUAUCACUAACCACUUCAGCAAGGUUUACCAAAUCGCAUUUUGCGGGAGUGGCUGGUCUUGUAAGUGCGUUGGUUGGAUGGCGACUAUUCAGUAUAGCAGCUCAUGCCGAGGCGCCUUUCAAGGGGGAAUCGGAGACAAAGGCCGAACCCGAGAUCAUCCUGUAUCAAUAUGACCCGUGCCCGUUCUGUAACAAAGUACGAGCGUAUAUGGACUAUCACAAUAUUGAGUACAAGGUUGUGGAAGUCAAUCCUAUGGGAAAGAAGGAAAUGGCUUUCACCGACUACAAAAAGGUGCCUCUUGCGAUGAUCAACGGGGAAGAAGUGCGCGAUUCAGUCCGAAUUAUCGAUUACUUACAGAAUCAACGAAAGGAUCUAGGCAAGACUACCGUUCAAAGGUUCGUUUGUAUCUCAGUAUGGUGCUUGGUUACGAACUGUACGCUGCGUGAACACUGCUUUACUUCUCAUCCAACAGACUACUGCUAUUGA